AUGUUAGCCCCCACACCCUCCCAGUCCUGCGCUGCACCUGCUGCCUCCUGCGAUGGGCGUGCCCGAUGCAAGAAAUGCAGUGGUUACCAUGACACUGACGGGUGUGUCAGGGAGGAUUAUUGUUUGUUUUGUGGUUCCGGCCACCGCCCCACCUCCAAACAAUGCCUGACUUGCCUCCAGGCAGCGCAGCUGCAAGAACUGCAGCAUGACGGGGCCCACUCUCUCUUAGACGUCAAACAAAAAAUGAGAGGUAUCCUCCCGGGCACUUUUUGCCUACCAAACCCCUCACCAAAACCACACUCACCCUCCAAACCAGGACACCCUCAACCUCCUCCCCUAUGUCUCACUCACCCUCACACACCUAAAACCCCCACCUCUGCCCCCACCCUUGCUCCUCACCCUACACCCAUCCAGGCUUCCUUCCCAGCUCCCGCUCCUGAUCCUACUCCUUCUCCCAUCAAGCCCCUGAACCCCAUUAUUAAUGUGGUACUGCUAACCGCCCAGCCUCCCUCACCCAAGGCCCAAUGGAACCGCCACCACCACAAACCACACCACAAAGUCACACCACCAUACCCUCCUUCAUCCUCGAGGGCCCCUACCGAACUGACUUGCCAGAUGCUGGGGAAUUUGUACCCCCAACCCCUCUACACCAAUGCCACCCACCAAAGGUUCCCCAGCCAAAAGCCCUACAACCAGCAACCCAGAAGUCCUUGCCCUCACUUGCUUCAGCGAGAGCCUCCUUCGGUGCCUGCCAGGACUCCUCUCCUUCAUCACAUCACUCACGCAGUGAGUGAUCCACUUGCCUCCAACUUCAUUUUCUGGAAUGCCCAGUCUUUGUAUAGGAAACUUCCAACUCUUAAAACCAUGCUGUCCUCAUACUCUCCUCUCAUUGUCGGUGUCUGUGAGACGUGGCUCACAGACCCAUUCUCCCGCUCCUUUCCAAACUAUACUUCAUACAGGAAGGACAGGGAGACCGGCGAAGUAGGAGGCGGCCUACUUCUACUGAUCCACCAGUCCCUUCCUUCUAGCCCUCUCUUUAUCCCUCUUUCACAGGUGAUGGAUUGGAGCAUCUGGGAGUGA